AUAUGAUCAAAAAAUUUAAUAAAAAAAUUCAGGGGUAAACUGUCUCAAAUAGUGAUGGCUGGGCUUAUUUGAUCUUUUCAAGUUUUCAAUCUGUGCAGGGCUGAACCUUAUUAGACCGUAUAGCAGUUUUACAGUUUUACAAGCCUGCUAUUCUGUGUGCGAUCAAUUCAGAUUUUUUCUGCCUGCAAAUCAAAACGGUGCUAAACAUGGACGGAUAUGGAGGGGGGAGCUGGACGAUGAUCCCCAACAUCCAGACUACCAGUAACCCCUCUACACCCUCUAGUCAAGACCAUCUCUUUCUCCAACAGCAGCAGCAACAACAACAGCAGUUCAAUCAGCAGCAACAGCAGCUGUAUCAGCAGCAGCAGCAGCAGCAGAUGCAGACGCAUACGCCGCCGCCUCCGGCUCUGCAGCAGUCACUCGCGUCUCACUUUCAUCUCAUACAGCUGGUAGAGAAUUUGGCGGAUGUAAUCGAAAAUGGGACUCGCGAUCAGCAUUCAGAUGCCAUGGUUAAUGAAUUGAAAAACCAAUUUGACAAGUGCCAACAGCUGCUCAACUCAAUAUCAGCUUCAAUCAGCUCAAAGUCCAUGCAGACUGUUGAGGGACAAAGGCAGAAACUGGCUGAAGCUGAAGAGUUGUCAAAUCAACGAAAGGAACUUAUUUCCAAGUACAAAACCUCAGUUGAAGAGCUGCUCAUCAAGUCCGAACUAUGAAUGGUGUUCACAUUGUUGCUGGGGGGUUGGGUGGGGUUGAGUGGGGGCAGCUGCCCCCCUGCCCCCAUCCUGGACACGCCUCUGUGUGUGUAUGUAUAUGUGAGAACUAGGUGUGAAAUUGUUGCACGACUUUGGCAUAAUUUGGGAUUGCUGUUUUGGGACGCUUGUGGCACCACCUGAAUCAGAUGGUAGUUCCAAAGUAGUACACAAGAUCAACAUCGUCCAGAUCCUCAGAGAAUGGAGGGUAAUAGUGUAAUCAGAAAGCAUAAAAGGAAUGUAUCUCCAACCAAUGGAAAUUGCUGAAAAUGAACAUCAAGCUUCAUAGUCGUUUUUGCCAAAUUAGCCCUGACAUCGCCUAAGUAAAUGUCUCACAGGGAAAAAGAGAAGAUUCCAUUGCCAAGGUCAAAGGCCUCAAGUUAGGAAAAACUGCCUGCUAACUCCUAGAUGUGCCCAUGUGAUUUAGCCGAGAUAUUACUAGAGAUGAAGUGAUUUUAUAUAUGUUUAGGUUUCCUGAUAUUUGAUAUUAUUCAAAUAAAUUUAAGAAAAGUUCAAACAAAUAAUAAACUUCAAUUCAUCUAGUUUAAACCAAUGAUUUAUUUUCCUAAAUAUAGUUUUUCCUUCACAAUUUUUCCCCCUAUUUUAUUUCUUUAUCACUUUCCGAGUUCCAAAAACAUGUGGACAUGAUGAAAAACAUGAAGAAUGAGGUCAAACGUGUUGGGUUUGUGGUGCUGCAUUGAUACACUUUUUUUGCAAUGUCUUUCUACUGAAAAAAGAUGAUCUCUAUUGACAGAUUGAGCUACUAUAAUCUGUAAUCAUUGUGAGAAGAUAUGGAGAUGACAUUCAGACUGCAGCGCCAAGGAACAUAAAUUAGCUGUACAAUUUAGUUGUUGAUGUUUGCUUCAUUAAUAAAGUUUUUUCCUAAUGCAUCAGAUAUUAAAUCAAUAGCUUUCUGUACAGGCAUGACGUGCCUCCAGCAGGCACCAUGGAUUUCAAACACACAUACUGAAAUGAAUGAUAAUUUCAAACACGGUUUUGACCGAUUUUCAUUAAUGUAAUAUUCAUUUGUCUGGAAA